AUGGAAUAUGAAGUUCAGUUUAUUUUACUUCUUACCUUCCUCAUUCCAGCACUUAUUCUAUCGAGUGUUGUUCUCGUACAUUUUCUCUCGAAUCGCGAAGUUCGUAAUAAGGCACCAAAUCAUGGAUGGAUGAUUUUACUCAUUUUGAACUUCUUUCAAUUGUUGUUGAACAUUCCGAUGCCUUUGAAUUAUUACUAUUCGAAUAGAACUGGCCCGGGAACGAACGGCUACUGCAUCUGGUGGACGUGGUGUGAGUUUUCAUUCAACAGCACUGGCUUAUUCCUAAUGGCAUGGAUAUCAAUCGAACGGCACGUGUUCAUAUUUCAAUUGAACAAUGGUUUUCAACAAAAGUGGAAAAAAUGGAUCUUACACAUUCUGCCUCGGAUUUUCUGUGUCUUUUGGGCACCAAGUUUAUUCUUUGUUAUAGUAGUUAUCAGUCCUUUUUGUACUACUUCAUGGGACUUUAACACAUUUGCAUGCGGUCCACCAUGCUAUUAUUCCAUCAUGUUUCUCAAUCAAUUUGAUUUUGUUUUCGAUCUAUUAUUUCCCGUGUUUGUUAUUAUGUCAGCCAAUGUCGCGUUAGUUCUCCGAGUUGUCUAUCGAAAAGUCUCACGGCAGCGUGUUAUUCAAUGGCGACGUCAUCGUAAAAUGGUGUUACAGUUAUGGAUUGUUUCAUCUCUUUAUAUCGCAUUUUGGUUCCCAGUAACCAUAACUUUGUUGAUACAAAAUACCGUUUCGCCAUCAUUUAUGGCAGACCAACUUCAGACUAUGCAGUUCCUUGUUUAUUUCAUUCCACUUCUAUUACCGGUCAUCUGUCUCAGCACAUUCCCGAAACUAGUAAAGAAAAUCAAGACGUUCAUUCUACCAUUGCAAUCGAAUACCAUUGGCGUUGUUGUACUCAGAUAA